AUGUCUCAAACCGUUGCCUUUGUCGCAGGAGCUACUGGCCACCAAGGCGGUGCUACGGCGCGUGAACUCUUGAAAUCAGGAGUCAAAGUCCAUGCCAUCGUUCGGGAUUCGUCAUCCAAGUCCGCAAUUGAUCUCCAGCGCCUAGGGGCUCAUCUGUUCCACGGGGAUUUUGAAGAUUUGUUAUCAUUGAAGGCUGCGCUGGGAGGUGCUACUGCAGUCUUUCUCAAUGUAUUGCCCACCGUUUCCGACACUAAACGGGAGGUAGUUCACGCAAAGAACAUCAUCGAUGCCGCUAUUGCUUCCGGGACAGUCACCACCAUUGUCUAUUCAAGUGUAACAAUGACUGGCAGACAUGAAGAGUUUCCGAACUGGGGACCUGGAUACCCACUGGCCUGGUACUGGGAGAACAAAGCUCAGAUCGAGUCAAUGGUGCGAGGCUCUGGGAUAGAAUACUGGACCAUUCUUCGACCCGCAUUCUUGAUGCACAAUUACCACCAUCCUACCGCGUCAUACAUGUUUCCUGAUUUGGUUCAACGACGGACUUUUCUGACGGCAUAUAAGCCUAGCACUGCAAUGACGAUUCUCGAUCGCGAUGACGUCGGGAAGUUUGCGGCUGCUGCGAUUAUUGAACCGUCGGCAUACGACAUGCAUGAGAUUGACUUGGGUGUGGAAUCUCUUACGCCGGCCGAAAUUGUGCGGGAGCUGAGCCGUGUUUCUGGAAAGGAUAUUUCCCUUCAAUUCUAUGAUGAGAAAGAGGUUGAAGAGCUUGGGCCGAGGAAGCCUGUGAUUCAUAGCCAAGUAUGGGCGAAUGAAGUUGGGUAUCAGGUCAACUUCAAGGAUCUGGAAAAAUACCCGAUUCGCCUGACGAGGUUCACGGAGUAUCUUGAGAAGCAUCGGGAGGAGGUUCUACAAAUGUUCAGCUGA